UCAUUUGGGCAACUGGGCAAGUAGUAUCUGACCCAAAGAAAAUAUGGGGUUUGGUAUAAACAGUCUGAAACGGGAGAAACCUUUCCAAGUAUAACACUAUUUAAUCCCUCUGUGGUAGACUGAAUAAAGGUCUCCCAAAAUCUCCAUGUCCUAUGAAUAUGAUGUACUAUGGUGAAAGAGACUGCAGAUGUGAUUAAAUUAAGGAGUUUGAAAUGGGGAAAUUACCCUGAAUUAUACAGGUGGACCUACUACAAUCACAGGGUCCUUAUAAUGAGAUAGAAGAGGUAUGGCCAUGUGCCCACCAAGGCAGACAAUGGAGUGAAGUGGCCACAAGCCAAAACAUGGCCAACAAUCACCUGAAGCCAGGAGAAGCAAAGAACAGAUUCCACGGGAGCCUCUGGAAGGAGCACAGCACUGCUCACACCUCGAUUUGGGACUAGAUACUGAAUUCAGCCUUCUGGCCUCUGGGAUUGAGAGAAUAAAUGUGCGCUGUUUCCAGCCUCCAAGGAGGUAGUCAUUUGUUACAGCAGCCAUAGGAAGCCAGUCCUCCCUCUAAUUGGGUUUUACCCCUGGGACACCAAAAGGGCCCUGUGGACAAACUCAAGCCGAGGUUUCUGCCAAGCAGUUGAGCUAAGAAUGAGCAGGCAAACACUCACUGUGCUCUCUCUUGACAUCAGACUCAAAAGGAGAUAGUUCACCACAGAUGGGGACAGGGUCACGGGGAAAGGUUACCUAAAUCGUCCUUGGUUUUGCUGGUUGGUUUGCAGUAGACAACCAGGUCAGAGAGCUCAAUGGCGAUUGACUGGUUCUUCUCCCAGUACUUCAUGUUGUUCUCCUGUGGAAACCCACCUUGAUUAGUCAGCCCUCAGGCCGGCCCCUGAGUGACCCCACAGUCCUGCAUCCCUCACCCUUGCACACUCAGACCUUGCAGAACCAAAUCUUUUCCUGUUCUGAAGAUAACCUUGCCUUCCUUUCUCUCUCCUUCCUCCCACUGUUCACAGUCUCCACCAGGUUGUUUCCACCCACGUCUGGUGUCUGGCUCAGUCUUGGCCAUGGUUCUCAAAAGUAGAUGGGGACCAGGAUGGCAGAAGAGGAGACUUUUUUCAUCUUGCUUAACCCUCUGCUCUCUGUCUCCCACCCUGUCCUCUCCCCUAAAACCGCAGUCAUCAAAUUCCAGUCCUGCAAACCUCGCAGUCCUGUAGAACAAUGCACUUCACUCCCUAUGCCACUGAGAUGUGAGUAGCCUCCUUUUUCCUCUGACUCUGCCCAUCACUGAGUGCUCCUGGUGUCCCAGACAUGGACAGAGGUGCCUCUCCUGGCAGCAACCUCCACCCUGGCAAGGAUGAGCUUCUUCUACCCCCACAGAAGGUGGCCCUCCUAUCCCCAAACCUCAACCCCAGUUCUGACCAGCCGCCUUUAACUGGCCAAGGGGACCCCUGAGAAAAUAAGUAGAUGGCAACCAGCACCAUUUGGGAGGUGCUCUGUGCCAGGCAUCACACGCAAAGUGCUGGAUGGACUCUGCUAGGUUGGCCCACACAAUCCCUGAAAGGCAGAAUUUAUCCCCAUACACACAGAGAGGUUGAGUAGCUUACCCUAGGCCACACAGCCAGUCAAUGUCAAGACCAGAUACUUAAACUGCUCGCCUGACCUAAGUCCCUGCCCUUGCCCCCCCUGUGCCAUGUUACAACUCUGUCCCUUACUCGCUACUGGCCAUCAAGUCCUACAGAAGAUCACACUAGAAUGCCUCCUGACUUCAGCAUCAGAACUCACAGCCUGAGGCUCUGAGCGACAGCAAGAACCUCACAGCUACUUACCCAUCAUCCAUACCCUCCUCUGUGGGCCAAUCAGAGUUCUCCUUGGCCCUACACACACACACACACACACACACACACACACACACACACACACACACACACGCCAUCACUCUCUGCAAAGUACCCAGAGACUCCAGCCAGAACUGGGAAAGAGGGAGUGAAGGCUUCCAGGUGUCUCCCAGCCUCUCCACAGCUCUGCCUGACUCAUCCUUCAUCCAGCUGUCCCACACUAAUGCCAUUUAAUGUCCCCACACUGGAGGGCCCUGCAGGAGGCAAGUGCAUGGAUCAGGGGUUAUUUGGUGAGAGGCUCUGUUACCUGGGGUUAAGACAGCAGGACCUGGAAUCAGACACAUAGAGCCAGGACAAGUUAUGGGGCUUCUCUUUUUUCAACCUCAGUAGAAGACACUAUUGGUUCGAGAUGAAAUGCCAGUUGCUGCUUCAAAACUCCUUCUCAGUUACUCUCCUUCCCUGCAGAUCUUCCCCUUGGGCCAGCUCAGACUGUGAAGCCACACGCUCGUCUUGGUUAGGCUUCGGAAACUCACUGACUGACAGAUCUGAGUGACUGGUCUUUGCCAUCCAGGCAGCCAGAGAGUGAAUGAACAGAUCCCUGAGCAGGAACUUGGGAAGAGGAGCAUGGGAUGCCUCGGCGAAGGGCUGGGACUGGCGGCACAAAAUGGAAUUUUAUAGUUGGAUUUUUUUCUUUUAGAGAUAAGCAACUUUUCCAAACUUCCUCCUGGCUGGCUCACCAAAACUGUCACUUAGGUCCAUAACCUCCAGUUUUAUUUGUUUGCCACUGGCCAAAUCAAUGGAGGUCGUUUAUUUUUAUAAAAAGCAGAAAAGAUUUAUUCAAAGCUAGCUCUGAGGAAAUGGAGGAGCCCAUUUACCUCCAUCGCCCUCUCCUCAGAGGCAGGCUGAAGAGUUUUGGCACUGGGCUGGCUGCUCACCCGAUGUCAUGACCCAAAGGCAGGACCAGGCCUCUCUGCUGCUCCCCACACCAGCCUGUCACUCAGGCUGGCUGUGGCCAGAGCAGAAACUCAAUCAACUCUGCUGAGCUCUGUGUUUUUAAGCCUCAUAUGCAAUAAGAAGACUUUGAAAAGGGUUCUCAAGACAUCUUACCAAAUGGAAAAACCAAGUAAGGUACAGUGUCGAUCAAAGGAAGCAAGAAGCAGCCUUGAACUGCUGGGUUUAAUUUCUGAAACCUUCGUGCAACUGGAGAGGAGAUGGUGAGCAGAGAACCUUCAAGUGCAGUGACAUCCCUCCCCAUGAAGGGAGGUGGACAGUGCCAGGAUGCAACAGGCAGAGGGUAUCCAUCAGCACCCAGCCUGCGCCCUCCAUGCCCUUUCUCACUGGGGGGUGACCAGCAGUAAGGUCCACAGGGACCAUGCUAAGGGCUUGCUCACUAUUGGUUUUCUCCAUUCCCAGCUAGAAGGACCCAGAAUCUCAACAGCUAGAGCAUGCUCAGGAGGGUCAUGUGCAUCGAGGGGUGCCGUACAGAUGAUAAUGCCAGCUGCCCAACUGGCAAUGAGGACACACCUAGAAGACAAGGAGGGUGAAUUCUGCAAAGGAAGCUCAGGGCAGGGGCAUCCCCUCACGUGCCUCAUCAGAUCUACACUCCCUCAGAAGUGCCAGGAGGCAGGCGACACAUCCCCGGCAAGGAAAGCAGAACAAACGCCCUGUGGACCACAAUCUCAUGGUCCACUCCAGGUGGCUCUGAUGAUGGGACAAGCCAUGGAAGAACUGGGAGCUCCAAGUGAGGACCGGACUAGACCUGGGGAUGGGGUAGCGGUGACAGGCCUCACCAAGGAUGGCCCUUUGACAGGCUCUCUGUAGGAUCUGGCAUGGACAGGCACUCCAGACAUGGAGUGUCACUGCACACUGAGCCUUCGAUGCUUGGACUAGGCCCAGCUUUCUGGGGGGCCUUGGCACCCGCUUCCUCCACCUAUAUACCUCCUACCAUCUAUAUCCAUAUUUCUUCCUCUUGGAAUUCUGUGCAGCAGAAUUCCUGGCCCUGCUCCUCCCGCCGCCUGGAUCACCACAGUCCCAAAAGAGCUCCAAGACCCAGGAGAGGAUGCCAGGCCCGCCUGUGCCCAGGUGAACAGUGGCUCACCUUGGUGUCGAUCUUCCAGGUGAUCUGCCGGAUGCUCUGAAACCACUCAAAGAGCUCCUCCACCCUGUCCGUGGCAAAUUCCACCGGAGGGUCACCCUGCUUCUUGGGCUCCAGGAUGAAGACAAAAGGCUUCUGGUUUUUCCCCUGUGGGGCUUUCACUUUGGGAGAGGAUAAGAAAAGCCCCGGUCAGCUUAGUAGAAGCCAACAGACACCAGCCAUUUCUCAUGAACCAACCCAGGCCUCCAUCACUACAAUUACGAUGGUGACUCCAAGUAUGUGGCAGAGCCAGGAAGGAACAACAGAGGCCCUUCCAAUAAAGCACCGGGCAGGACGCCCCAGAAGCCCUCAUUGCCCAUUUCCGGACACUGGACGCCAGAAAGACAAAGAUCACAGAGACCGCGUGCUCCCUGCCUUCUGCACGGAGCCCAAGCUGAGCCCACAUCCUGAGAAACCAGAAAUGAAGGCACCGAUGGAAGAGAGAAAGCACCAGUGGAGGAUGAGUCCCCAGAGUGGACGAGGGGUGGGGAAGCAGGCGGAGUGGGAAAAGGACUCAGAGCAGCAUUAUGUGGCCUGGAGGCUCCCAGUCCAAGGACGGAAGAGAGACCGUGAGGUCCGGCCCCGGCCACUGGGACUGGAAUUUGGAGCUGUCUCCAUCGUAGAUGCCCGGCAGCCAAAGGCCAAGAAGCGAUCUCCUGUCCUUCUCCACUUGCAUUGGGUGAAAGUUUGCCCGCAGCAUCUCUCUUGUGUAUUUGCUACAACACCGGCCUGAAGGUAAUGACUGUGACCUCUCAGCAGAUCACCACCUCUGGGCUCCCAGUCGACUGAAAGCCACUCACUGCCCAGGUCUGAGGAUGA